AUGGAGGCCACCGAAGUUCACCAAGCCCCCAUUGCGGUUGACGAGCCCAUGAACGACGCCUACGCCGGGACUGGCGAGCAGGAGCCUAUGGAUAUCACUCCCAAGACUGAGGAAGAGUACGCUCAAUCCAUGCUGACCCUGCGUGCUAUUGUCUCCUCCAAGGAAGCUGGUGUCAUCAUCGGCAAAGCUGGCAAGAAUGUCGCCGAUCUGCGUGAUGAAACUGGCGUCAAGGCGGGAGUGAGCAAGGUUGUCCCCGGUGUUCACGACCGUGUCCUCACCGUGACUGGCCCCCUCCAAGGUACUGCUCGUGCCUAUGCGAUUGUCGCAAAGGGUCUCCUUGAGGGCGCACCUCAGAUGGGCAUGGGUGGCGUUGUCUCCAACAACGGAACUCACCGUAAGUCUUCUCAUGAUCCCAAGAACCCCCGUUCCAAGAAGGCAGCCCCUCCCAGACAACAAUUCCACCCAUCAAUCCACCCUGGACUUUUCGCAGGCUAUCGUUCGGAACUUUGGCCAGUACCCUAUAUUGUUCAUUACCCCACACCUUACCCGGUGCACUUCCCUGGGCGCAGUACCCUCCCUACAUAUUUGUGUUUCCCCGGAUUCAUGGGUAGUACCCGGCGCCAAUUGACUUGCAAUGCUAACUAUCCUCAAGCUGUGCGCCUGCUCAUUUCUCACAACCAAAUGGGCACCAUCAUUGGGCGACAGGGUGGCAAGAUCAAGGAGAUUCAGGACGCUUCCGGUGUGCGCAUGGUCGCUCAGAAGGAAAUGCUUCCUCAGUCCACUGAGCGCAUUGUCGAAGUACAAGGCACACCCGAGGGAAUUGAGAAGGCCGUCUGGGAGAUUGGCAAGUGCCUGAUCGAUGACUGGCAGCGCGGCACGGGCACUGUCCUCUACAACCCGGCUGUUCGUGCCUCUGUCGGUGGCGCCCAGCCUGGCCCGCAGGUUGCCAAUCCCACCAAUCCUGGUAACGGCUACAACAACCGCCAAUACAACCGCACGGGCAAUGGAGCCGAUUUCAGUGACAACAGUGGUUUCAACCGCCGCUCCAAUUCCGAUGCCGGUAGCCGUGGAUUCCCCUUGGUGACAGAGGAUGGAGACGAGAUCCAGACCCAGAACAUCAGCAUCCCCGCUGAUAUGGUCGGUUGCAUCAUCGGUCGUGCGGGCAGCAAGAUCACCGAGAUCCGCCGCAGCUCUGGCGCCCGCAUUUCGAUUGCCAAGGCGCCCCAUGACGAGACCGGCGAGCGUAUGUUCACCAUCAUGGGCAGCGCCUCGGCUAAUGAGAAGGCUUUAUAUCUGCUAUAUGAGAACCUGGAAGCAGAGAAGACUCGCCGCAGCCAGCUGCCCCAAGAGUAA